CAAUUGUCACUGAACACAAGAAAAAUUUCUGAAGAAAGAAAAAGGCGAGUUCGCCUUAAGUUCUACACGACGUGACAGAAUAAAACUGCAUGGUCCGAUGACGAGCAUUGUGAGCAAGGAAUGGGAAGCCAUCUAAUUACUAAUGCACGAUGUAAUUCAACAUCAUCAUCAUCAUCAUCGUCAUCAUCAUCAUCAAUCAAGAUUAUUAAUAGCUUAUGGAAUCAAACUAGGUUGAGCAGCGACUACGUACGUGCCUUACACAAUAAUGAAAGGACAUUAGACGGCUGUUACAGGAAACCUUAAUUUUACGAUGAUGGAGCAGCAAGGAAGAUUUAAUACGACUCUGGAUAACAGCACAAAUCUCAAGAUUGAUAAUAGAGCAGCGGGUCUCUCACUUGCUGUUCUAGUUGCCAUGGGAAUCGUUGGUAACAUUGUAUUCCUCUUUUCGGUAGGGUCAGCCAUGCGAACAGAACGACAUCGGUGGAAUCGACUUGUACAUGAUCUUAUCUUCGUGUAUGGAUGUCUAGAAGUGAUCUUCUUUUUCAUACCUUGUAUUCUUUCAACCUAUGCCUAUCUUACUUCAUGGAGAGUUGACAUGAACCAGUCGGUAUGCGACUUUUUUGGAUGGGUAGUUUUUGUCGUGAAAUUUGGAUCAUUAUGGAUGAUAACGAUUCUAGCAAUUGAGAGAUAUCUCGUUAUAUGCAGGCAAGGAGGACUAUCCAAUCGAUUUGCAUGGACAAUGAGAACCAUUACGUGUGGUGGAAUUGUAAUUGUGAUAAUUUAUGCGGCAGUUCCUUUAAUAGUGAAGGAUGGCAUGGUAUCGUCAAGAGCUGUUCCAAGCACCAUUUGUCAUUUUGAUUUGACUCCGGCAACAAUGAGCUCUCAAGCAUUUGUGAUCACAACUAUCGUGCUAACCUAUAUCAUGUUCCAGAUAACACUUUUCUGUCACGUGUCUAUUCUCUGCUACCCAUCACGUGAUGUACGAGGGAAGAAGGCGCCAAUCCAAGAUGACGUCACACAGCAUCAUCGUAUGAACCACUCCUUGGCAUAUAUAUUUUUCCCACUCACGAUAUGGGUGUGGCUUUGUACCAUCCCAUUAUGGAUAACUCUGAUAAUGACGCAAACUGGAUUUGAAGUCAGCCCUGUAUUAGAGUUUGGUAUAGUACGUACAUUGACGGUAUGUUCAGCCUUAAGUCCAUAUAUUCUCCUAUCAUCCAGUGUGUACUACCGAUCGGCAUUGUGUCAUUUCAUCUGCUGUAGAGAUAUACCGAGAAACAAAAGACACAUAUAUGGACAAAGCAAUAACAUGCCCAGUGUGAUAAGAUGUGAAGAUUGUCAAGCCCGUAUCAACCGAUUGGAAGAAAAUGGACAAAGAGUAAAUACCCUGACGGUUCGUGUGGACCCAAGAGAUACAAUGAUGAGAGAGCCAGUCAAUCAAAACGAACAAGACAUAAAAAGCACAUCACAGCCACACGCCACUAAUGAGGAAAUGACAUCCAACGGGCGUUUAGAUUGGAUAAAUGUUGAGGUUGAAGACGACGCCCAUCAGAUAUCUGCGUUGGAUGACGGCCCUGCUUCAACCUCUACUCGGGGAAUGCUGCCAGAUGAUUCGAGGAUUUAUUUAUUAUCUGCAGGAGAGAAUGGUGAACUGGUGUGUCGUGGAUCAUUCGAUGGCGGAUCAUACAGAGAUGAUAAUGAAUGUUCAUCGCUGAGGAGUGAUCAUAGCACCAACUCAAGUCAGGGUUCUUCACUAAGGAAUGGAUAUCCCGAAGAAGAAUACGAACCGCCAGACGAUGAUCAAGCAGGGGGAUACCUUAUCACACUUCCAGUCAAUAUGCCAGGUCAAGGGUCAAAUGAGACUGUCGAAAGAAUCUUCUACAUCCAGGAACCCCUCCAGAGAGUUGUGGGAUCCCCUGGAGCAGAGAAAGAUGGCGAUGUUCAAGUUGAUGGUAUCAACGACACCACCGGUAAGUUAGAGGAUGCGUCAUCCGACAUGGCAUCACCGAGUUCCGAUACGGCUCAUAUAUCAAUACCCAACUUGGCUGGAUUGGUAACAGAGGAGGAGGAUAGUGGAAGUGACUUAGAUCUGGAGGACGAGGAACUCAGUAGAGUUGAAGCUGAAAUCAGAGGGAAGAUUAUGGGACGCUCAAAUCUAGGAAAGAUAAGGCGAAGUAGUGCACCCCAAGUCAAAACGUGGAGCUCUGAUCAAGAUACUUCAUCUCUAGUACAAGAAGGAAUAAGAGAGCAAGAUAUCAGGAUACAUGGUCCAUCUGUGUCCGAUCCACACCUUGUGACGUUAGCUUUCCAGCAGGCUAUGCUAGCACAUUCGCAGCAGUAUAUGACCGAUAAUAACAAUGAAAGUGAUGAAGAGAAUGGAAUGAUCCAUAAGAAAUCACUUGGUCGGCUAAUACCAGUGAUCAAUAUCACUCCAGCUCAGGGUUUAGACGACAUGGAUGAGGUCCAACCAAUAUUUUCUCAAGUAAGGAGUAACCGACUGGAUUAUCGCUUUCUGGCUCCAAUAGCCGAGGAAGUUGGCUUUGUCAGUAAUACGAGUUCAACACGCAAGCAGAAUUUGUCGUCGAUAUUGAAUGCAAAGCAUGAAAAGGUUCACCGCAUGCCAAAGACAACCUCUCAUAUCCAGAUCAUGUCGAAUUGGAAACUACAAAAAGACGUUAGACGGUCAUCUUCACCAAUUCUGGUGAUACAAAGACAAGAUGCAACAGAGCAGUUGCGGGAAGACGAUACAAAUGCCUCAAAGGAAACUGAUUCUGAUGAAAAGCGAAAAUGUCCUCCUGCUUUAGAAGAUGGAUCCGUGGAUAGUGGCUGCGAUCCGGUCACCAAAGAUUUCGUUGCCACAGAAAAAGAAGAGUCAAGUAAGAAUAUGUCCCCUCGGACAUUAGAAAAGAUAGGCAAUGUAAUCGAGGGCUCAGUUGGAGGAAAGGAGAGGGCCACAGAUCCUCUUCUAGAAACGCCAGAAUGGAUCAAUGUUGAACAAGCCAUGCAAGGACAAAUCAACCAGGGAUUUGUGGCCAGAGAAGAUAUAGUAGAUACAUCAUCGAACCCUAAUGGACUGGACAACAACAAAUCAUCACCAGCUGCAAUUGAUAGACAUGAAUAUACUUCCUACAUAGACAGUGUUGAGGUAGGUUCUGUUCAUAAAGACGCAGAAAUAAAUUCCAUAGAGAAAGUCAACACUGAAAUAGAAAAUAUGAUCAACAAAUCUGAAGAAGGUAUUGAUUCCUCACAUCCCAAUAUCAGUUCUAAAAGUGAAGAAGAUGAGAGUAGACCGCCCGAAUCGAUGGAGACUUCGGAAGAUGGUGAUCGUGAUGUAAGAUCUUUCAAGAAAGGACCGCCCCUAAAUAGACAAGAAGGGUUCAAAGAUGGUUUGAAUGAUGUGUACUCACCUACAGUCUUUGGACAAUCCACAGAUAAUACCUUAAUCCAGUCGAAAGCCACUACUUCCGAAGUAAGCGAUGACAUCACCAUGUUGCAAUAUUCUACAUUGGACAGUGACAAUGGUGCAAUGAAAGCCCAAAACCUGGGAAAUGAAGGCGUAGCUACAGGUAUCGCAGAGAGUAGUAUAGACGUAGAUCCAAUGCGGACAUAUUUGACAGAAAAUGAAAAGGGUGCGCACAAAAGUAGAGCAACUGAAGAGCUUUUGACAUCACUUUCAAAGGGGAAGAGACUCUCAAAAUCUGCACUGUCUGGGGCAAACUCUUACCCACUAUCAAGCAUGCGCGGUUUCUCCAUCGACGGUAAUCUCUAUGUACUGUACCCGAACAAGUGGAAAGGAAAUAAGUCUAUUAAAGCGACCAGAGACAUAAGCGAAGGUUUAAGAAGAUCUGAAAAUGAAUCAAAUAUGUUUUCAUUAAGCAAGAAGGGCGAGUCCAUGGUUGAAGGCGUGGCUUCUAACAGGAGUGCUUCUUUUCCGAGUCAUAGAAAGGUUGAAUUCAUGAACAUUGAGACUAAGAGAGAGCAACCUCGUGUACAAAUUGCUAUGUUAUAGAUACGAUACUAAGGACUUGUGUUAAAAGCAAAAUUAAUCAAAAAUGAAAAGGCCAAGUCUACUCCAAAAAUGACUUACUUAUAGUAGAAGCAGCAAAAUCAGACAAACCAAUCAAAACAAGUUUAAGCGAAAUCAGAUAACCAAUAAGAAUUUUUUAUUGAUAUGAAAGACUUUGAAAAUCACAAGACAAAUUGGCAAAUCACGCAUGAGUCUGUGACUUCAUUGCCUCACUAUUCACUUAUUGUUUUCUUUAUAUUGAUAAUUUAAAUUUCCUAUUCUCCCCUAAGAAUCUUAUUUCCUCACACCAGCUUGGCCUUUAAAGGCCAAGUCUCUACUCCAAAAAGAACCUACUUUCAAUAGAAGCAGACAAAUCAGACAAACCAAUCCACAAAAAAAUAGAGUAAAAUCGGAUAACUAACGAGGAAGUUAUGAAUCUAUUUUAAAGUAUGAACAAAUAUGGAACAAUGGAAAUCAAUGCUAAAAUUACCAAUUCGGUUAUCAGUGUGUGACGCCAUUGCCUCACUAUUCAUCAAUUGCUUUAUAUAUUUUUAUCCAAUUUAUC